CAAUUCGCCACCUUCAUGGGCUCGUCCAAGUGCACAUGGUGCCAGAAAGCGACGUGGAAGUUUGAAUGUGAUUCCUGUGCAAGGCCACAUGGCGUUCUGGCCGCCGUACGUCAUUGCCAGUCAUGCUCAGAAGCAUGGCAUGCAGUUGGUGCAUCGCGACUCCACGUUCGAAGGGAGGCGCCUACAACCAAAAUCGCCGCCACGUCCGUCGAGGAUGCAUUGGAGGUUCAAAUCCAGGAGAAGAUGCUAUUGCUUCAACAAACCCUGGACACGCCGCAAGGCACACAAGAAUCGACCUCUACCGAUGUCGUUCCCACCGCCGAUCAACCUUUCGCGGUCGACUCAUCCGAGACCAAUUCGUUGGGACUAGACGUCGCCGCCACGUCGCACUCUACCGACGUAUCAGUAUCCCAAAACUGCAGGAACGGUGACAUGAAGGAAAACGAUAGCGCGAGUAGCACCACCUCGGGCAACUUUCCCGGGGACGACAACGGGCCCGAAAUCAUUGUCAUCAACGAUGAUGACGACGACGACUCUCCAGAAGACGCCGCCACCGCCGACGUCGACGAAGAAUGGAGUCAGCUGGAACCCCUCGAUCCGGCAUUAGUCGACCAACUCCUCGCCAUGUGCACGAUCCAAGAUGCUGUCAACUGCGUGCACUUUACGCAAUGCCGCGACAGCGCGUGUGUCGCGGCCAGCCAGCAUCAGGUCCAUGUCACGUGUCCAGAUCAGUCUGCGAUGUGCCGAGCGUUCGGCAUGCUAACCCAGCACUGCGAGACAUGUCCUACCGCAGCCACCUGCGCUGUGUGCGUGCUAGUGCUGCAACGACGUCUUCAAUACAAAUACGUCGCGCUCUGCCAAGCGCUGUCGGUCCUUCCCGCGACUGCUCCAUCGUCGCCGGUGGCCGUGACGCAGUUCCAAGCGUAUGCGCGGCAAUCCCUCAAGAUCCGCAAGCAGACGUGCGAGUUGGAACUCAAGGACACGGUCGACACCAUCCGACGUCUACGUUUGCCAACGACCACGUUGCCCCCGAUCCAGAAUCAUUUCCAUCGCGUGACGGUACCUCCUUCCUUUCCCAUUGUACGUCGUCAUGAACGCGUGAUGUACAUAGAUCCCAAAGUGGAAGCGGAUGCGAGACCCCAUUAGCGACCUCAUGUUUGCCGGCACGGACACGGAAAAGUGGCGCAAAUGGGUGCAAGAAGGCCUGCACAUUGUCCAAGCCAUGGAGUGCAAGUACAAAAAGUACUGCCGACGCGAAUGCGCCACUUGGGUGCAGGCGAUUCAAACGUAUACGACGAUGCACAAACUCGAUCCUUCGAAGGUGACCUCCACGCCCGAAGGCGAAGCGAUUGCCCGCCAUCUCUCGCACUACCCGUGCAAGUUUCGCCAGUGCAUGUACUGCACCUUGAGUACGUCCCAGGCAACAUGCAUGAUGGUUAACGACGAUCAUGCGUAGUGCGGCGCAGUGAAAACGAGGUGAAGCUGGCCAUGGCGACGCUGUGCGUGUCCAAACUGGCCGGGUUGCUCCGCCUUGAACGCAAUCCCGUAACGCUGCGGCAGCUCGAAGCCAAGUUUCGUCGGUUCCAAGCCUUCCAAGGCGAAGUCGAGAAGAAGUUGCGGUGGUUUGCGCAGGCGUUGCCGCUGUGGAGUCGACCGCAUACCCCUGUCGUGGACACUCCUGGCGACCAUUACUCUGGCUAAUCAAGGCGGCCACCACACUCGCGUACGGCACACCUCAUCCAUUAAGACAGAGACUUCAAUGCAAGGCUUCCAUCGUCAUCUCAUUCAACGGCGCAACAAGAUGUACCUUCAUCGGCUCGGAAGGGUGUCCCUUGCAUGAUGCGGUGCGCACGAUGGCGAUCAUCGCGAUGAGUUUUUCAAUUCUCGAAGAAUGUGGAAGCUUUGGCAGGGUUCGAAAAUCUAUGAAGUUCGACGCACUUAAACGCAUUAAAACCCAAUUUGAUUUCUUCUGUCAGGGUUAAACCCAUU